CGUAAGCGCAAGCAAAUGAUGAGUUUACUUCGUAGGACUCACUUUGGGUACGACAAACUCUGUUCUUAAUUUCUUUCACCAAAACUGAAUCAUACAAAGUUGUGACUUGUCCACAUAAGACCCAACGCGCUAACGAACGCGCAAACGCACCAACAACACCUUUUGUUUUUUUGAACAAAGAAACUCCCACCAGGCCGUUGUUUGCUUCACCGCACGGCAUCGACGACGGCGAUCGCGGCGUUCUCCGAUUACCCACGUCCCCCUUCUCCCUUGAUCACCGGUAAUUCGGAUCCUCGGAUUCCGAAGACUACCCGCGUCAACGUAUUCGGAUCCCAUCCACAUGCUUCGUGAAUCCAUCUUCAUCUUCAUGCUCCUAUCCCUGUUGUUCUUGAGCUAUGCGGAUCCUCCUCCGAAAUGCUCCCGAACCAGCCCCUUCGUCGAUUCGGAGGCCGAAUUCAAAAUGGUUCAGCACCAACUUAGAGGCUACCUCAAAAUCCUUGAUGAUUGCUCUUUUAGGGUUUCCCAAUUCGACAUGCUUUCUGGCUCCGACGUCCACUGGUGGGGUGCACUUGCUCCCGAUCUCGACAACCUUACAAAUGGAUUCAUCGUUUCCGAUCACAAAUUGAACCAAAGCUACGCCAAUUCCUCCUUCGUUGUGCGUUUGAUGAAAAACGUCACGUGGGACAUGAUCCGUGUCCUUGCCGUGUGGGACCGACCCACCGCCUCCGAUUUUGGCCACGUCGUCCUCGGAGAGAUCUCCAAUGGCACAGCGAGUUCGCCGGCGCUGGCGCCAGUGAGCGACAUGAGAAAGAAGGUUCGCACGGAGCCAACGAUGUUUGAUAAUUGUAAGGUUUUGUCGAAAGAUUUUAGGGUUCGGUGGAGUUUGAAUGUGAAAGAAGAUUUUAUUGAGAUUGGGUUGGAGGGUGCAACUGGGAUCAUGAAUUACAUGGCUUUUGGGUGGGCAAACCCUGAUGCCACUGAUUCUGAGCUCAUGGUCGGUGCAGACGUGGCUGUGACUGGGUUUAAGGAAGAUGGGUUGCCCUUUGUGGAUGAUUUCUUCAUUACUAAGUAUAGUGAGUGUGUGACAAACAGUGAUGCUGGAUCUGCACAAGGUGUCUGUCCUGAUUCAAUCUUUGAAGGGCCAGAUAGGGUGGGUUUGGUGAAUAAUACAAGGUUGAUUUAUGGGCAUAGGAGAGAUGGGGUUUCAUUUGUUAGAUAUAGGAGGCCAUUGAAUGCGGUUGAUGACAAGUAUGAUCGACCUGUGGAUCGUUUGGCUAACAUGACUGUUAUUUGGGCUUUGGGUAAGAUUAGACCUCCUGAUUCCCUUCAACCUUACUAUCUUCCUCAGAAUCAUGGGGGCCUUCCCUUUGAGGCUUAUGGUCAUUUGGUUCUAAAUGUUUCGGAGCAUGUGAAUGAUUGUAAAGGUCCUCUUGAUGCUGAAGAUAAAGAGGAUCAAGAUGUCAUCACUGCUGAUGCUAAAGUUCCUUUACUUGUUGCGUCUGGUUCAGCAAUGCACUAUCCCAACCCACCAAAUCCCGCAAAGGUUCUUUACAUCAACAAGAAGGAAGCGCCCGUCUUGAGGGUUGAAAGAGGGGUGCCGGUCACGUUUUCAGUACAAGCUGGGCAUGAUGUUGCGCUUUAUAUUACGUCUGAUCCGAUUGGGGGAAAUGCUACACUGAGGAACCUGACUGAGAUUAUCUAUGCUGGAGGUCCUGAGGCAGAAGGAGUUCAAGCCAGUCCUAUGGAAUUAGUUUGGGCUCCUGACAGGAACACUCCUGAUCAAGUCUACUAUCAUUCCGUUUAUGAGAAGAAAAUGGGUUGGAGAGUUGAAGUUGUUGAUGGUGGUCUAUCUGAUAUGUAUAAUAACAGUGUUGUUCUGGAUGAUCAACAGGUUACCUUCUUUUGGACACUGUCAAAGAAUUCCAUAUCCAUUGCUGCUCGUGGUGAGAAAAAGAGUGGUUAUCUUGCGAUAGGAUUUGGAAGUGGAAUGAUGUACACUUAUGCUUAUGUUGGCUGGAUUGAUGAUAAUGGUGUAGGUCGUGUAAACACUUACUGGAUUGAUGGAAAGGAUGCUUCGAGUAUACAUCUCACUCGUGAGAAUUUAACAUAUGUGAGGUGCAAAACAGAAAAUGGCAUCAUUACUUUGGAAUUUACACGCCCCUUGGAUCCAUCUUGUGGUCAUGACAAGAGGCGGCAAGAAUGUAAAAAUAUUAUUGAUCCCACAACUCCACUUAAAGUUGUAUGGGCAAUGGGUGCUAAAUGGAGUAAUGACCAUCUCACUGAAAGGAAUAUGCAUUCUUUUACCAGUACUAGGCCUAUACGCGUACAGCUGAUUCGUGGUUCUGCAGAAGCAGAGCAGGAUUUACUUCCUGUUUUGUCGGUGCAUGGCUUUAUGAUGUUCCUUGCAUGGGGUAUCUUGCUUCCUGGAGGUAUAUUGGCAGCCAGAUACUUAAAACAUUUAAAGGGUGAUGGAUGGUACAAAAUUCAUGUUUAUUUGCAAUAUUCAGGGCUAGUAAUUGUUCUAAUUGCCCUUCUUUUUGCUGUUGCUGAGCUACGGGGAUUUCAUGUCAGCUCAGCACAUGUUAAAUUUGGAAUUGCUGCAAUAUUUUUGGCUUGCAUACAGCCAAUGAAUGCAUUCCUAAGGCCUCAAAAACAAGCAAAUGGGGAGCAGGCAUCAUUUAAAAGGAUUGUUUGGGAAUACUUCCACGUAAUUGUUGGCAGAUCUGCCAUUAUUGUAGGCAUUGCAGCACUUUUUAGUGGCAUGAAGCAUUUGGGAAAAAAAUAUGCUGUGGAAAAUGCCCAAGAACUCAACUGGGCGUUGGUGAUUUGGUUCUCAGUCGGUACACUGGCUGUUAUUUAUUUGGAAUACCGUGAAAGGCAGCGAAUAAGGGACCGGAUAAUUGGAAGGGGCAAUUGGGUGCUUGGUAAUCUUGAGGACGAUGAUUCCCUUGAUCUCUUGAGGCCAACCAGGACACCGGCAGAUAAAGAGUCACAGGCUUCUGCUAGAAUGGAAGUCCAGUUAGAACCUUUGAACAGAUAGAGAUGCAUCUUUCUUUUAACUGCUGAUAGAAAGUCUCCAUUCAACAACAGUUGACAUAAUUGAAGAGUUACAUUCUCCUGAUAUUGAAUGCAUGCCUAUACAUUUGACUGGAGAAAACUAGCAUAGGAUUAACGCGUCGUGUCUCGGCCUGCAUCUAUGUUCAAUUGGUGGGUGUUGCCGUUAGUAGGAAGUGAUAAAACCAUGGGAGCUUCUGCCGUGCACUAACAGAGUAACUUUAGCUGAGUGCACCAAUUAUAUGACCAGUAAUAAUAAUUUUCAAGGUUAACC